CCCUCUCAACGAUCACGACAACAGCCAGCAUGCCACUCGAAUGGGUGAUACCAUGGCUCGGCCUCUGCCUCGGGCUGUUUGUAGGGACGGCUGUAGAAGGGAGCCACCCUCACAAAGGCCAGUUCUGCAGUACUUGGGGAAACUAUCAUUUCAAGACUUUCGAUGGAGAUUUCUUCCAGCUUCCAUCCACCUGCAACUACAUCCUUGCGUCCCAGAAUAAGAAAAGCUAUGAUUAUUUCAAUAUUCAGUUCCAACGGCAGGAGAUAAAUGGGGUCACCUCCAUUAAGAAGGUCACAAUAGAAGUGGAUAAGGUUGUUGUGGAAGUAGCCAACACUUCCACUAAGGUCGCUGACAAACUUGUCACUAUACCAUUCAAAGAGGCUGGCAUUUCAGUUGAAGAAGCUCUCUCCUACGUCAAAAUUGAGGCAACAAUUGGUUUGAUCGUCAUGUGGAACAGAAAAGACUCUCUCUGGGUCGAGCUGGAUGCAAAAUUCAAGACACAGACCUGUGGCCUGUGUGGUGACUUCAAUGGAGACCGGAUUGCUGAUGAGUACAUUACAAAAGCUACAGAGGCGGUUGUAAAAUAUGAAGCUUGUGGGGAUUCUGUGACUGAAAACUGUGAAGAAAACCCCUCUACAGCCACAGAGACCUGUACAAAUCAGACAGACCUCUGUAAGGGCCUGCUGUCAGGAUCUGCAUUCCUCAGCUGUCGAGACCUGAUUGAUACUGACUCCUUCAUCAAAACCUGCGUGAGAGACCUCUGCAACUGCAACAACAACAACACGUCAUGCUUGUGCUCAACAGUAUCAGAGUAUUCCCGUCAGUGUGCCCAUGCAGGCGGGAAACCACAGAAAUGGAAGACCGAGCAACUGUGUGCAACCACAUGCCCUUUCAACAUGGAGUAUAAGGAAUGCGGCAGUCCCUGCACUGACACCUGCAGCAACCCCCAGAGGAGCCAAGUGUGUGACGAUAACUGCAUGGAUGGAUGCUUCUGUCCAUCUGGGACCGUAUUUGAUGACAUUAGCCAAAGUGGGUGUGUUGCUGUGAAGCAGUGUUCCUGCUUACACAAUGGCAAGGCAUACAAACCAGGAGAAUCGUACUUGAGGCCAUGCAAAAAAUGCACCUGUAAGGGGGGUGAGUGGAGCUGUCAGGAUAUAGACUGUCCUGGUAUCUGCUCUGUACUGGGUGGCUCCCGCAUCUCCACCUACGAUGAUAAAACAUACACUUUCGAUGGAGACUGCACUUAUGUUCUCACCAAGAAAACUAAUGGGAACUUCUCUGUCCUUGGUGACUUGGCCAAAUGUGAAAAAUCAGAUAAAUCAACUUGCCUGACUGCAAUUACUCUACUCCUGCCUAAACAAAUGAUGAUUGUAGUUGAAGCCAGCGGACAGGUUUUGUAUAACCGACAGGUGUCUAGUCUGCCUCUUUUCAUGGACAACAUAACAGUCUUCAGGCCGUCGACCUUCUUCACUGUAAUCGACACCACGUAUGGGCUUCAUCUUGAAAUUCAGCACAUACCCAUUAUGCAGGUCUACAUCAAAGCCAGUGUUUCCUGUAAAGCAAAACUCAGCGGCCUUUGUGGAGAUUUUAAUGAUAUAAAAGCUGAUGACUUCAGAACCACAAAUGGGUUGAUUGAAGGAACGCCUGCGACAUUUAUCAACACUUGGAAGGCCAAAACAACUUGCCUCGAUUUGAAAAACACACUUAGCAACACCUGCAGUUUCACCAUGAACAGAGAGAUGUAUGCCAGCCACUGGUGCCCCUUGCUGUCGAACCCAAAAGGGAGUUUUGCCAAGUGCCAUUCCGAAAUAAGCCCAGAAUACUAUGAAACUGCUUGUAGUAAUGGCGCCUGUGCCUGUGUGGACAGUGAAAAGUGCGUGUGUGCCGCCAUAUCCGCCUACGUCCAUGCAUGUGCCGCUGCAGGUGUCUUACUGAAAGGAUGGAGGAACACAGUGUGCGGGAAAUACACUCGCUGCCCUUCUAAUUUGGUGUAUGACUACCAAAUGACAAGCUGCAAUCGCACCUGUCGCUCUCUAAGUCAGCGAGACCAAACAUGUGAGGCUAAGUUCACCACACUUGAUGGCUGCGGUUGUGCAGAAGGAACUUACCUGAAUAAGAACGGAAAGUGCGUGCCCGCCUCACAAUGCCCUUGUUAUAUGGGAGAGACAGCAGUAAGCCCUGGGAAAAGCAAGGUCCAUGGACAAAACUGCUCCUGCCACAAUGGAAGACUAAGCUGUACAGGAACCCCCACGAGCGAAUCAUGCACCAGUCCAAUGGUUUUCUUCAAGUGUCGAAAGCCAGAUGCCAAAGGAGCAGAGUGUCAAAAAAGCUGCCAGACACUGGACUCAGACUGCGUCAGUAAAACGUGCAUCUCAGGCUGUGUAUGUCCCGCUGGCCUGCUGGCAGACGGUAAACGCUGCAUUACGGAGGAGCAGUGUUCCUGCCCAUACAAUGGUGAAUCUUAUAAUCCUGGGCAGACUGUCACUGUGGACUGCAAUACCUGCACUUGCAUGGGAAGAAAAUGGAAUUGUACAAACCAUGAGUGUUAUGGAGCCUGCACCAUAUAUGGAGAAGGGCAUUACAUCACUUUUGAUGAAAAGAAAUUCUCCUUCAAUGGCGAGUGUAGCUACGUCUUCUCUCAGGAUCACUGUGGGAACGCUACGAAUGGCACCUUCAGGGUUCUGACUGAGAGCAUCCCAUGUGGAACAACUAAAAGUAUCUGCUCCACUGCUAUCAAACUCUACUUAGGGAACAGUGAAAUUGUUCUUUCAGAGGAAAAUGUCGCUAUCGACCGAAGCAAAGAGGCGAACAUACCCUAUCAUGUCCACACUAUCGGUAUAUACCUUGUCAUUGAGGCAAAUAAUGGUCUUGUACUCAUUUGGAAUAAGAAGACAACACUCACAAUCAAACUCAAUCCCACAUUCAAGGGAAAAGUCUGUGGUCUCUGUGGGAAUUACGAUGGAAAAGUCAAGAACGAUUUCACCACCAGAAACAAAGAAGUUGCAGUUGAAGCCCUUGAUUUUGGAAAUAGCUGGAAAGUGUCACCUAAAUGCUCCGAUGCAAAACCACAGAAACCUUCCUGCAGUGUGUACACAUACAGGCGGGCAUGGGCUUCGAAACGCUGCAGCAUUAUCAACAGUGAAGUAUUUGCUGGUUGCCAUUCAAAGGUGGAUCAAGGAAACUAUUAUGAUGCCUGUUUGAGUGACACCUGUGCCUGCAAUGCAGGAGGAGAUUGUGAAUGUUUCUGCUCAGCUGUAGCAGCCUACGCAGCAGCCUGUAAUGGGGCCGGAGCCUGCGUGAAAUGGAGAACUCCCACAAUCUGCCCUCUGUUCUGUGAUUAUUACAACCGCGACGGAGAGUGUGAGUGGCACUAUGAGUCUUGUGGAAAACCAUGCAUGAAGACCUGCAGGAAUCCCUCGGGAAUAUGCUACAAUCAAAUUCCUGCAUUGGAAGGCUGCUAUCCACAUUGCCCGCCUGAACGACCUUAUUUUGAAGAAGUUUCCAUGAAGUGUGUGUCAGAGCAGGAAUGUGGCUGCUAUGACAACAAAGGGAACCAUUAUGAAGAAGGGGAGCACAUGCCUCCAAAGGAAAACUGUAAAAACUGUACUUGUUCUUCAACAAAGGUGGACUGCGGCCAAACUUGUAUUUGUUUGUAUAGAGGAAAGACAUACAAUUAUGGAGAUGAAAUCUAUUUCUCACAUAAUGGAAAUGGAACCUGCAUGGGAGCUAUUUGUGCAGAAAAUGGAAACAUUAACAGAACUAUGGUGGCUUGCAUGACAUCAGCACCCACCCAGACAGCAACAACCACCACCACCACAGAAAAACCCACAACAACCACCACCACAGAAGCAACCACAACCACAGAAAAACCCACAACAACCACCACCACAGAAACACCCACAACUACCACCACCACAGAAAAACCCACAACAACCACCACCAUAGAAACACCCACAACAACCACCACCACCACCACAGAAAAACCCACAACAACCACCACCACAGAAACAACCACAACCACCACAGAAAAAAACACCACCACAGAAACAACAACAACCACAGAAAAACCCACAACAACCACCACCACAGAAAAACCCACAACAACCACCACCACAGAAACAACCACAACCACAGAAAAACCCACAACAACUACCACCACAGAAAAACCCACCACAACACCUGCUGACUGCUUGGUUUGUAAGUGGACAAAUUGGAUAAGCAAUAAUUACCCUGACAGGACCCCAGAUGGUGGAGAUCAUGAAUCCAUUGAAAACAUUACUGAUCCAGAUGGGAGGGUUUGUAGAAAACCCCUGGAAAUAGAAUGUAGAGCAAAGCAACUCAAAGAUGUAUCUUUGGCUGAACUAGGACAAAAAGUACAAUGCAAUUCAGCAGUAGGACUGAGGUGUCUUAACAAAGACCAAAAUUCUCCUGAAAUUUGCAUGGAUUACGAAAUACGUGUCAAAUGUUGCCGUAACAUUUGUCCGUCUUCGACCACAAUAACACCUUCAACAACACCAACCUCAGCAACAACAACGGAAAAACCCACAACAACCACCACCACAGAAACACCCACAACAACCACCACCACAGAAACACCCACAACAACCACCACCACCACCACAGAAAAACCCACAACAACCACCACCACAGAAACACCCACAACAACCACCACAGAAACACCCACAACAACCACCACCACAGAAAAGCCAACAACAACCACAACCACAGAAGCAACCACAACCACAGAAACACCCAAAACAACCACCACCACAGAAAAACCCACAACAACCACCACCACAGAAAAACCCACAACUACUACUACCACAGAAAAACCCACAACAACCACCACAGAAAAACCCACAACAACCACCACCACAGAAACAACCACAACCACAGAAGCAACCACAACCACAGAAAAACCCACAACAACCACCACCACAGAAACACCCACAACAACCACCACCACCACCACAGAAAAACCCACAACAACCACCACCACAGAAACACCCACAACAACCACCACAGAAACACCCACAACUACUACCACAGAAAAACCCACAACAACCACCACAGAAAAACCCACAACAACCACCACCACAGAAACAACCACAACAACCACAACCACAGAAACACCCACAACUACCACCACCACAGAAAAACCCACAAUCACAACCACAGAAACACCCACAACAACCACCACCACCACAGAAAAACCAACAACCACAACCACAGAAACACCCACAACAACCACCACCACCACAGAAACACCCACAACAACCACCACCACAGAAAAACCCACAACAACCACCACCACAGAAAAACCCACAACAACCACAACCACAGAAGCAACCACAACCACAGAAAAACCCACAACAACCACCACCACAGAAACACCCACAACAACCACCACCACCACCACAGAAAAACCCACAACAACCACCACCACAGAAACAACCACAACCACAGAAAAACCCACAACAACCACCGCCACAGAAAAACCCACCACAACACCUGCUGACUGCUUGGUUUGUAAGUGGACAAAUUGGAUAAGCAAUAAUUACCCUGACAGGACCCCAGAUGGUGGAGAUCAUGAAUCCAUUGAAAACAUUACUGAUCCAGGUGGGAGGGUUUGUAGAAAACCCCUGGAAAUAGAAUGUAGAGCAAAGCAACUCAAAGAUUUAUCUUUGGCUGAACUAGGACAAAAAGUACAAUGCAAUUCAGCAGUAGGACUGAGGUGUCUUAACAAAGACCAAAACUCUCCUGAAAUUUGCAUGGAUUACGAAAUACGUGUCAAAUGUUGCCGUAACAUUUGUCCGUCUUCGACCACAAUAACACCUUCAACAACAACAACCUCAGCAACAACAACGGAAAAACCCACAACAACCACAACCACAGAAAAGCCCACAACAACCACCACCACAGAAAAACCCACAACAACCAGACCUACUGACUGCUUGGUUUGUAAGUGGACGAAUUGGAUAAGCAAUAAUUACCCUGAUAGGACCCCAGAUGGUGGAGAUCAUGAAUCCAUUGAAAACAUUACUGAUCCUGAUGGGAGGGUUUGUAGAAAACCCCUGGAAAUAGAAUGUAGAGCAAAGCAACUCAAAGAUUUAUCUUUGGCUGAACUAGGACAAAAAGUACAAUGCAAUUCAGCAGUAGGACUGAGGUGUCUUAACAAAGACCAAAAUUCUCCUGAAAUUUGCAUGGAUUACGAAAUACGUGUCAAAUGUUGCCGUAACAUUUGUCCGUCUUCGACCACAAUAACACCUUCAACAACACCAACCUCAGCAACAACAACGGAAAAACCCACAACAACCACCACCACAGAAACACCCACAACAACCACCACCACAGAAAAACCCACAACAACCACAACCACAGAAGCAACCACAACCACAGAAAAACCCACAACAACCACCACCACAGAAAAACCCACAACAACCACCACCACAGAAAAACCCACAACAACCACCACCACAGAAACAACCACAACCACAGAAAAACCCACAACAACCACCGCCACAGAAAAACCCACCACAACACCUGCUGACUGCUUGGUUUGUAAGUGGACAAAUUGGAUAAGCAAUAAUUACCCUGACAGGACCCCAGAUGGUGGAGAUCAUGAAUCCAUUGAAAACAUUACUGAUCCAGGUGGGAGGGUUUGUAGAAAACCCCUGGAAAUAGAAUGUAGAGCAAAGCAACUCAAAGAUGUAUCUUUGGCUGAACUAGGACAAAAAGUACAAUGCAAUUCAGCAGUAGGACUGAGGUGUCUUAACAAAGACCAAAACUCUCCUGAAAUUUGCAUGGAUUACGAAAUACGUGUCAAAUGUUGCCGUAACAUUUGUCCGUCUUCGACCACAAUAACACCUUCAACAACAACAACCUCAGCAACAACAACGGAAAAACCCACAACAACCACAACCACAGAAAAGCCCACAACAACCACCACCACAGAAAAACCCACAACAACCAGACCUACUGACUGCUUGGUUUGUAAGUGGACGAAUUGGAUAAGCAAUAAUUACCCUGAUAGGACCCCAGAUGGUGGAGAUCAUGAAUCCAUUGAAAACAUUACUGAUCCUGAUGGGAGGGUUUGUAGAAAACCCCUGGAAAUAGAAUGUAGAGCAAAGCAACUCAAAGAUUUAUCUUUGGCUGAACUAGGACAAAAAGUACAAUGCAAUUCAGCAGUAGGACUGAGGUGUCUUAACAAAGACCAAAAUUCUCCUGAAAUUUGCAUGGAUUACGAAAUACGUGUCAAAUGUUGCCGUAACAUUUGUCCGUCUUCGACCACAAUAACACCUUCAACAACACCAACCUCAGCAACAACAACGGAAAAACCCACAACAACCACCACAACAACCACCACCACAGAAAAACCCACAACAACCACAACCACAGAAGCAACCACAACCACAGAAAAACCCACAACAACCACCACCACAGAAACACCCACAACAACCACCACCACCACCACAGAAAAACCCACAACAACCACCACCACAGAAACACCCACAACAACCACCACAGAAACACCCACAACAACCACCACCACAGAAAAGCCAACAACAACCACAACCACAGAAGCAACCACAACCACAGAAACACCCACAACAACCACCACCACAGAAAAACCCACAACAACCACCACCACAGAAAAACCCACAACAACCACCACCACAGAAACAACCACAACCACAGAAAAACCCACAACAACCACCGCCACAGAAAAACCCACCACAACACCUGCUGACUGCUUGGUUUGUAAGUGGACAAAUUGGAUAAGCAAUAAUUACCCUGACAGGACCCCAGAUGGUGGAGAUCAUGAAUCCAUUGAAAACAUUACUGAUCCAGGUGGGAGGGUUUGUAGAAAACCCCUGGAAAUAGAAUGUAGAGCAAAGCAACUCAAAGAUGUAUCUUUGGCUGAACUAGGACAAAAAGUACAAUGCAAUUCAGCAGUAGGACUGAGGUGUCUUAACAAAGACCAAAAUUCUCCUGAAAUUUGCAUGGAUUACGAAAUACGUGUCAAAUGUUGCCGUAACAUUUGUCCGUCUUCGACCACAAUAACACCUUCAACAACAACAACCUCAGCAACAACAACGGAAAAACCCACAACAACCACAACCACAGAAAAGCCCACAACAACCACCACCACAGAAAAACCCACAACAACCAGACCUACUGACUGCUUGGUUUGUAAGUGGACGAAUUGGAUAAGCAAUAAUUACCCUGAUAGGACCCCAGAUGGUGGAGAUCAUGAAUCCAUUGAAAACAUUACUGAUCCAGAUGGGAGGGUUUGUAGAAAACCCCUGGAAAUAGAAUGUAGAGCAAAGCAACUCAAAGAUUUAUCUUUGGCUGAACUAGGACAAAAAGUACAAUGCAAUUCAGCAGUAGGACUGAGGUGUCUUAACAAAGACCAAAAUUCUCCUGAAAUUUGCAUGGAUUACGAAAUACGUGUCAAAUGUUGCCGUAACAUUUGUCCGUCUUCGACCACAAUAACACCUUCAACAACACCAACCUCAGCAACAACAACGGAAAAACCCACAACAACCACCACCACAGAAACACCCACAACAACCACCACCACAGAAAAACCCACAACAACCACAACCACAGAAGCAACCACAACCACAGAAAAACCCACAACAACCACCACCACAGAAACACCCACAACAACCACCACCACAGAAAAACCCACAACAACCACCACCACAGAAAAACCCACAACAACCACCACCACAGAAACAACCACAACCACAGAAAAACCCACAACAACCACCGCCACAGAAAAACCCACCACAACACCUGCUGACUGCUUGGUUUGUAAGUGGACAAAUUGGAUAAGCAAUAAUUACCCUGACAGGACCCCAGAUGGUGGAGAUCAUGAAUCCAUUGAAAACAUUACUGAUCCAGGUGGGAGGGUUUGUAGAAAACCCCUGGAAAUAGAAUGUAGAGCAAAGCAACUCAAAGAUGUAUCUUUGGCUGAACUAGGACAAAAAGUACAAUGCAAUUCAGCAGUAGGACUGAGGUGUCUUAACAAAGACCAAAACUCUCCUGAAAUUUGCAUGGAUUACGAAAUACGUGUCAAAUGUUGCCGUAACAUUUGUCCGUCUUCGACCACAAUAACACCUUCAACAACAACAACCUCAGCAACAACAACGGAAAAACCCACAACAACCACAACCACAGAAAAGCCCACAACAACCACCACCACAGAAAAACCCACAACAACCAGACCUACUGACUGCUUGGUUUGUAAGUGGACGAAUUGGAUAAGCAAUAAUUACCCUGAUAGGACCCCAGAUGGUGGAGAUCAUGAAUCCAUUGAAAACAUUACUGAUCCUGAUGGGAGGGUUUGUAGAAAACCCCUGGAAAUAGAAUGUAGAGCAAAGCAACUCAAAGAUUUAUCUUUGGCUGAACUAGGACAAAAAGUACAAUGCAAUUCAGCAGUAGGACUGAGGUGUCUUAACAAAGACCAAAAUUCUCCUGAAAUUUGCAUGGAUUACGAAAUACGUGUCAAAUGUUGCCGUAACAUUUGUCCGUCUUCGACCACAAUAACACCUUCAACAACACCAACCUCAGCAACAACAACGGAAAAACCCACAACAACCACCACAACAACCACCACCACAGAAAAACCCACAACAACCACAACCACAGAAGCAACCACAACCACAGAAAAACCCACAACAACCACCACCACAGAAACACCCACAACAACCACCACCACAGAAAAACCCACAACAACCACCACCACAGAAACACCCACAACAACCACCACAGAAACACCCACAACAACCACCACCACAGAAAAGCCAACAACAACCACAACCACAGAAGCAACCACAACCACAGAAACACCCACAACAACCACCACCACAGAAAAACCCACAACAACCACCACCACAGAAAAACCCACAACAACCACCACCACAGAAACAACCACAACCACAGAAAAACCCACAACAACCACCGCCACAGAAAAACCCACCACAACACCUGCUGACUGCUUGGUUUGUAAGUGGACAAAUUGGAUAAGCAAUAAUUACCCUGACAGGACCCCAGAUGGUGGAGAUCAUGAAUCCAUUGAAAACAUUACUGAUCCAGGUGGGAGGGUUUGUAGAAAACCCCUGGAAAUAGAAUGUAGAGCAAAGCAACUCAAAGAUGUAUCUUUGGCUGAACUAGGACAAAAAGUACAAUGCAAUUCAGCAGUAGGACUGAGGUGUCUUAACAAAGACCAAAAUUCUCCUGAAAUUUGCAUGGAUUACGAAAUACGUGUCAAAUGUUGCCGUAACAUUUGUCCGUCUUCGACCACAAUAACACCUUCAACAACAACAACCUCAGCAACAACAACGGAAAAACCCACAACAACCACAACCACAGAAAAGCCCACAACAACCACCACCACAGAAAAACCCACAACAACCAGACCUACUGACUGCUUGGUUUGUAAGUGGACGAAUUGGAUAAGCAAUAAUUACCCUGAUAGGACCCCAGAUGGUGGAGAUCAUGAAUCCAUUGAAAACAUUACUGAUCCAGAUGGGAGGGUUUGUAGAAAACCCCUGGAAAUAGAAUGUAGAGCAAAGCAACUCAAAGAUUUAUCUUUGGCUGAACUAGGACAAAAAGUACAAUGCAAUUCAGCAGUAGGACUGAGGUGUCUUAACAAAGACCAAAAUUCUCCUGAAAUUUGCAUGGAUUACGAAAUACGUGUCAAAUGUUGCCGUAACAUUUGUCCGUCUUCGACCACAAUAACACCUUCAACAACACCAACCUCAGCAACAACAACGGAAAAACCCACAACAACCACCACCACAGAAACACCCACAACAACCACCACCACAGAAAAACCCACAACAACCACAACCACAGAAGCAACCACAACCACAGAAAAACCCACAACAACCACCACCACAGAAACACCCACAACAACCACCACCACCACCACCACAGAAAAACCCACAACAACCACCACCACAGAAACACCCACAACAACCACCACAGAAACACCCACAACAACCACCACCACAGAAAAGCCAACAACAACCACAACCACAGAAGCAACCACAACCACAGAAACACCCACAACAACCACCACCACAGAAAAACCCACAACAACCACCACCACAGAAACAACCACAACCACAGAAAAACCCACAACAACCACCACCACAGAAAAACCCACAACAACCAGACCUACUGACUGCUUGGUUUGUAAGUGGACGAAUUGGAUAAGCAAUAAUUACCCUGAUAGGACCCCAGAUGGUGGAGAUCAUGAAUCCAUUGAAAACAUUACUGAUCCAGAUGGGAGGGUUUGUAGAAAACCCCUGGAAAUAGAGUGUAGAGCAAAGCAACUCAAAGAUUUAUCUUUGGCUGAACUAGGACAAAAAGUACAAUGCAAUUCAGCAGUAGGACUGAGGUGUCUUAACAAAGACCAAAAUUCUCCUGAAAUUUGCAUGGAUUACGAAAUACGUGUCAAAUGUUGCCGUAACAUUUGUCCGUCUUCGACCACAAUAACACCUUCAACAACACCAACCUCAGCAUCAACAACGGAAAAACCCACAACAACCACCACCACAGAAACACCCACAACAACCACCACCACAGAAAAGCCAACAACAACCACAACCACAGAAACACCCACAACCACAGAAAAACCCACAACAACCACUACCACAGAAACAACAACGACCACAGAAAAACCCACAACAACCACCACCACAGAAAAACCCACAACCACAACCACAGAAACACCCACAACAACCACAACCACAGAAACACCCACAACUGCCACCACCACCACAGAAAAACCCACAACCACAACUACAGAAACACCCACAACAACCACCACCACAGAAAAACCCACAACCACAACCACAGAAACACCCACAACAACCACCACCACAGAAGUACCCACAACAACCACUACCACAGAAAACCCCACAACAACCACAACCACAGAAACACCCACAACAACAACCACAGAAACGCCCACAACAACCACCACCACCACAGAAAAACCCACAACAACAACCACAGAAACGCCCACAACAACCACCACCACCACAGAAACACCCACAACAACCACCACAGAAAAACCCACAACUACCACUACCACAGAGAAACCCACAACAACCACCAUCACAGAAAAACCCACAACCACAACCACAGAAACAACCACAACCACAGAAACACCCACAACCACAACCACAGAAACACCCACAACAACCACCACCACAGAAAAACCCACAACCACAACCACAGAAACACUCACAACAACCACCACAGAAAAACCCACAACUACUACUACCACAGAAAAACCCACAACAACCACCACAGAAAAACCCACAACUACCACGACCACAGAAAAACCCACAACAACCACCACCACAGAAAAACCCACAACCACAACCACAGAAACACCCACAACAACCACAACCACAGAAACACCCACAACUGCCACCACCACCACAGAAAAACCCACAACCACAACCACAGAAACACCCACAACAACCACCACCACAGAAAAACCCACAACCACAACCACAGAAACACCCACAACAACCACCACCACAGAAACACCAACAACAACCACAACCACAGAAACACCAACAACAACCACCACCACAGAAGUACCCACAACAACCACUACCACAGAAAACCCCACAACAACCACAACCACAGAAACACCCACAACAACAACCACAGAAACGCCCACAACAACCACCACCACCACAGAAAAACCCACAACAACAACCACAGAAACGCCCACAACAACCACCACCACCACAGAAACACCCACAACAACCACCACAGAAAAACCCACAACUACCACUACCACAGAGAAACCCACAACAACCACCACCACAGAAAAACCCACAACCACAACCACAGAAACAACCACAACAACCACCACAGAAGAACCCACAACUACCACCACCACAACCACAACCACAGAAACACCAACAACAACCACCACAGAAAAACUCACAACUACUACCACCACAGAAAAACCCACAACAACCACAACCACAGAAAAACCCACAACUACAGAAACAACCACAACAACAGUGGAGCCUCCCAAAGACUGCCCAUAUCUGGAUCCACCCAGACAGGAUGGUGAGACCUGGCAUCCAGACAACUGCACCAAAGAGAAAUGUGACAAUGGUAAAGUAAUAACGGACCAUGUGCCAUGUAAACCAGUGACCAAGCCUGAGUGUGAAAAUGAGUACCAACCAGUUAAGGUUUAUGAUAAAGCAGGCUGUUGUUUUCACUACGAAUGCAAAUGUCUUUGCGCUGGCUGGGGAGAUCCUCAUUAUGAGACAUUUGAUGGCCAGUAUUACAGCUUCCAGAAAAACUGCACCUAUGUCCUGGUCAGAGAGAUCAUUCCUCAACACGAUUUUAAGGUUCUUAUCGACAACGAAAACUGUGACGCCUCUGGAACUGUGACCUGUGUAAAAUCCUUGACGGUGUAUUACAAAAACUAUACGGUUAUUCUUUCAUUAGAGAGAACCCCAAAGACCAUAACAACGGUGUACGUCAAUGACAAGCAGGUAUUCCCAGCCUACUCUAAUGAUGACCUCAUCAUAACAAGUGCAGGAAUUAAGAUACUUUUGAAAAUCCCGGCAAUUGAAGCGGUUGUGAUGUUCAAAGGGCUUUUUUUCAGCGUUGACUUGCCAUUUUCCCUUUUCCACAACAACACGGAGGGACAGUGUGGUAACUGUGACAACAACAGGAAAAAUGACUGUAGAUUACGAAAUGGCCAGAUUCACCCCUCAUGCUCUGAGAUGGCGCAUACAUGGCAUGUACCAGACAAAAACAAGCCAUAUUGUAAGAAGCCAUCUCCUACACCUCCAUCUCCAUCACCAACACCAACACCCCCACCCUGCAAACCUGAUAUUUGUGAAAUUUUGAUGAGCAAGGUGUUUAAGGACUGCAACAAAGUAAUCCCAGUACGGAACUUUUAUGAAGCCUGUAAAUUUGAUGUCUGCCACAUGCAAAAUUCCACCAUCGGUUGUUCCAGUGUGGAGGCGUACGCCACGCAGUGUGCUGAAGCGUCUGUCUGCACAGACUGGAGGAAUGCUACAAACGGACAGUGUGAAUAUAAAUGUCCAGAAAAUCAAGUCUACAAGCCUUGUGGGCGCACUGUUGUACGAACUUGCAAUGCAAGAUACAAUGAGAGGUAUGCACAAAAAUGCCAAGGAGAAAAAGGCAACCAGAAGGAAGACUGUAAUAGAGUCGUGGAGGGAUGUUUCUGCCCCGAGGGGAUGACUUUGUUCAGUUUGAAAUCUGGCACCUGCGUUUCCUCCUGUUGCACUGGACCUGAUGGCCAUCCUAAACAGCUUGGUGAGACUUGGCAGAGCGGCUGUCAGCACUGUGUUUGUGAUGAGGACAGUCAGACUGUUCAGUGUGAGCCGCUUGCAUGUCCCACCCAAAAACCAGUAACCUGUACUGAGGAAGGUGAGGUGUUGGUGAACCGCACAGUGGACUGCUGUAAUAGGCGGGCAUGUGAAUGUAAUAAGAGCAGCUGUCCACCGCAAAAAGAGUGCAGCCUGGGAUUUGAGAUAAAGGUCCAUAACUCAAAUGACCGCUGCUGCCCCUCUUACAGCUGUGUGCCCAAAGGCGUCUGUGUCUACAAUGAUACUGAGCAUAAGCCUGGCAGUGGGUUCUCCAAAGGUCCAUGUGAAUCAUGCCGCUGUAAUGACACUCAGGAUCCCAAGACCAAGCUGAACAAAAUCUUGUGUCAAGUGAAAUGGUGUAACACAACAUGUCCAGAGGGCUAUGCGCCUGAGCACCAGCCUGGACAAUGUUGUCCAUCAUGUAAAAAGAUGAGCUGUGUUUUCAACAUCUCAGGCAACACAAUAAUUAUUAAACCUUCUGAAUCUUGGUCACCACCACAUGACAACUGUACCAGGUAUAAUUGCCAAAAGGAGGGGGAUGAUUUCAGAAUCCUUAUAAACCAGACAACAUGUCCCGAGUUUGAUCCAGAGAAAUGCGUUCCCGGAACUGAACAAAGUGACAUGAAUGGUUGCUGCAGAACUUGUACUCCUCGUCAACGCUGUAAAAUGACAAAGAGAAACACCUAUCUGAGGACAAAGAACUGUGACUCAGUUGAGCAAGUGGAAAUCACAGCCUGCGAGGGAUCCUGUGGAUCGUCCUCAUCAGAGUACUCUGCAGAGAGCAACAGUCUGAUGCAUUCAUGCUCAUGCUGUCAAGAAAUGGCCACCAGUAAGCGGGAGGUGAUGAUGAAUUGCACUGAUGGCAGCAUGAUAAGGCACUCCUACAUUGCAGUUGAUGAGUGUGGCUGCAAAGUCGCUGAAUGUCCUCAGAAAACCACAGACAAAGUUUAAUCGAAGGGAAUAUCUUUGACUAUCAUACUCUUAUAAGCUUAACAGUUCCUUUCAAAAAUCUCAUAGCGAACCAAGACUCAAUAUGUGAAGACCACCAAAGACACACCUCUGUGUAUUCAGCAGCCACAAAUAAGGGAAAAUAAGUUCAACCUUUUAAGCAGCAGAGAAGUUGUGGCCUGAAAUUUCUUACAGCCCCAUGGUGACAGCACAUAUUUGUGUCUCUUUUAACUUCUGAACAGGUUGUUCCUUUAUACUUUAAACUUUAUGGUGUUUUCCUAAAGGGUGUUUCUGCUUUUAUUGACUUGAGAAAUAAAAGACACAGGAAUGACUUCAGAUAUACAGCACGUUGCCGCAAUAUUUUAACAGGCUUGGCAGGGAAAAGGGAUUGUAUUUGUGGUAAAAUGUGAAAGAUUUAAAACGUGGAUUUGAAUUUUAAAUGAUUGUUGACCACAAUUUCUAACACCAUCAACAGAAAUAAUCUCACAGCUCAUUGAAUGUCUAAAUAAAAGAGUGGAAAGAAUAUCUUAACUAUAUUUGUCCAACUUCUGAUGUGCCAAACCUCUGCAAAUCUGAAUGUCUCCACUGUAAUAAAACUCAAGUUGACUGAU